AAGAUUGGCUCAACCCGGCAAGCCAUUCCGCCGGGUGUCGCCUUGGCGGUUCUCAAGAAGCCGUCCAUCAUACCGUCACCGGACUCGGAUUCAAUAUUCGUGCCGGCUGACCCGGGGGCUAACAAGCCAAACCCGCCGGCUAGCAUGCCGAACCCGGGGACUUCUCAGUCCAACCCGGGGGCUUCAUCGCCCAAGUCGGGGGCUAACAAGCCAAACCCGCCGGCUAGCAUGCCGAACCCGGGGACUUCUCAGUCCAACCCGGGGGCUUCAUCGCCAAACUCGGGGGCUAGCAAGCCGAACCCGCCGGCUAGCAAGCCGAACCCGGCGACCAUGCAGUCGAAUCCGGAAGCUCCCACGCAGGAGGCCCUGCUGGUCAGCGUAUUCGAGAUAAGAUGCGUACCUUCAUGGGCACAAGAAUUCCUCUCCUACCUCACCGACGGUGUGCUGCCUGAUGAUAGAGUCCAGGCCAGGCAGAUUGAGAGAAGGGCCAAGGCCUAUACCAUCAUCAACCACCAGUUGUACAAACGCAGCGUAAGUGGGGUGUUCCAGCGGUGCGUCGAGCCGGCUGAAGGGAUUGAACUCCUACGGGAAAUCCAUCAAGGAGAGUGCGGACAUCACGCCUCAUCCAGAGCCAUAGUGGCCAAAGCCUUCCGGCACGGUUUUUACUGGCCGACUGCGCUCAGAGACGCAGAAGAUUUGGUGAAGAAGUGCAACGGCUGUCAGCGCUUCGCAAAGCAAAGACACCAGCCGGCUUCCGCCUUGAAAACCAUCCCCAUCACAUGGCCAUUUGCCGUAUGGGGCUUGGAUAUGGUAGGCCCAUUCAGAACAGCGCGAGGCGGCAUGACACACCUCUUGGUGAUGAUUGACAAAUUCACCAAGUGGAUCGAAGCCAAGCCAAUCAAGAAACUGGACGGGUCCACAGCCGUCACAUUCCUCAAGGAAAUCAUUGUGAGAUUCGGCUACCCCCACACCAUCAUCACCGACAACGGCACCAACUUCUCCCAAGGCAUCUUCUCUCGCUAUUGCGGGGAAAUGGGGAUCCGGAUGGCCCUAUCUUCUGUGGCACACCCAGAGUCCAACGGACAAGUGGAAAAGGCUAACGGCUUAGUCCUAGCCGGCAUCCGGCCCCGGCUGGUGGAGCCGCCUCCCGAGGCUCCGCGCCCCUCCAAAAGAAAGAAGACUACUCCCUCCAGCCCCGCAGCCAAACGUGCCCGUGAAGUGCUUAGCACCACGGCUACCCGCAAGGCGGAGGCGGAGAAGAAGCGCCUCAAACUCAUCGAUACCAGCAACCGAGCCCAACCUGACAUGCUCCAUUUUUUCAAACUAUCCGGAAGCUCCGGAAGCCAGUCCCCCAAGGUCCCCAAGAAGAGAACGAAGCCAUCUCCAGCUUCCAUACCAGUCACACCGGAAGUUGAGGUUCCGCCCAAGGCCUCUUCUACCGCCAAGCCGGACCCUAAGGACGUCAUCAACCUUGAUGACCUCCCCGAAGGCCCAACUACCGAGACCGGCCACGGCGAAUCCGGCAAGAGCGCAUCCUCCUCUGCACCUCCGCCUGAGCAACCAACCGCCACCUCUGCUGAACCUUCGGCUGAGCAAGUUGAGAAAAAGUUACAGCUAAGUCGUGCCACCGGCACGCCCCAAACUCAUCCUCACCUCUUUCCGACUUUGCAAAAGGUCCCCCUCUCACAGCGCCAUGCGUAA